AUGUCAAGUGACGAACCACCUGAGAUAGUCAUAGUGGGCGCUGGAGUCAUUGGACUCUCGCUGGCUCUCGCAAUUAUCGAAAGCUCUACUAGGUGUUAUCAAAUUACCAUUGUGGCAGAACACCUUCCAGACUCACAACCAUACCUGAGUCAGUACACAUCGCCAUGGGCUGGUGCCCACUUCAGGCCAUUUCCACUGAAAAAUGAAGCUGAACUUAGAGAGUACCCAUGGACAAGAGAGACUUGGAAACGUAUGAAACGUUUUGCUGCCGAGGCUCCGGAAAGUUCGGUAAAAAUCGUCCAGGGCAUUGAUUUGAUCGAGGAGAAUGAAUUGUAUGAGAAACUUGGAGAAGGAUACUCGGAGGGUUUGGAUAACUUUAAGGUUAUUUCGAGAGAGAAGUUGCCGCCUGGGUUUAGCUUUGGAGCUCUGUACGAUACGUUCGUGUUGAAUGCCCCACAUUAUAUUCAGUUUCUCCAUCAGAAACUUAAAAAUGAGUAUGGCGUCACUUUCGUAAAGAAACGUCUUGAGAGACUUAAGGAUGCUGCCUCGUUUACGACAAGACCUGAUCCGGUCAUCGUCAAUUGCACUGGCAAUGGCCUUCUUUGGGAUGGUGGUACCGAUCCCGCAUGUUUCCCCAUCCGAGGCCAGACUCUUCUUGUUAAUUCACCUCAAGACAGUUCUCUUGCCAACAAGACGGUUACCAUCCAACAUAAACUGGGCGACUGGACAUUUUGCAUUAAUAGACCUUUAAACGGAGGAACCAUCAUUGGCGGCACCAAACAAGUAAACGACUGGAGCAGUUCAAUCAAGGAAGCAGACAGCGAAGCUAUAAAAGCCAGAGCAGAGAAAUAUUUCCCACAACUCAUGCAAAAGGGCGAAAAUGGGAAACCCUACUUUGACGUCAUCAGGACAAACGUUGGAUUCCGGCCUGCCAGGAUCGGGGGAGUCAAUAUCAGCGUGCACGAGAAAGACAAGUGCACUGUGAUUAAUGCAUACGGAACGGCAGGAUCAGGUUACGAGCUUUCCUACGGGAUUGGCCUUCAAGUGUUUGACAGAGUUGCUGUGACUCACCUCUUUGGCAAGCUUUAA